GCCACGAGCUUUUCUCUUAGCUGCAGCAAUAAAGCCCGUCUGGUUCCACGUUUUGUAGCCGUCGCGUACCGUCUGCUUCUCUUCUUAUAUUGCCAAAGUCGUCGCCAGCGGCUGCUAGUUCCCGUUGUGCUUGCAUCACCUGCCCAGCAGCAGCCUCAAGAUCGCACCUUCGUCUUGUUCAAUCUUACAUAUUCCCGUUGCCUAACAACCGCCAUCAUGUCGUUCUGGGGAAUCUCGUUCAUUUUCUGGAGGAUCAUGGAGAUCAUCACUCUCAUCCCGACGAUGGGAAUGUUGGCUUGGUUCGUUCACUGGUACGACAGUCAACUAUAUCGCACUCCGACCGAAAUCCUGGUACUGUUCAUAGUAUCCACGCUGGCUGUGGCGUGGACGAUCGGAACGCUGUUCCUCUACAGCCGUGCCAGGCACUCGGCAGGCUUCGUCGCGUUCGUCGACCUCCUCUUCGUCGGCGCCUUCAUUGGCGCUGUCUACACUCUGCGCCGCAUCGCUGAUGCGGAUUGCUCCAACUGGUCGCGAGGAGGCCAGCAUGGCAUUAGCGCAUUUGGAUGGAGUGUCUCUGGAUCAUUCCCUACGCUUAAUGUUGACCGCCAGUGCGCAAUGUUGAAAGCUUCAUGGGCUUUUGGCAUCAUGAACUGCAUCUUCUUCUUCUUCUUCACCUUCGUCCUGGCUCUCCUCGUCCACCGCCACCACGACAGCCACGACCGCGUCGUCGUCAAGCGCGAGGUUCACCAUCAUCGCAGCUCGCGCCACCACUCGCGUUCUCCCCGACGCUCACACCACAGCCACCGCUCGCGGUCCUACGUGUAAGGACAACAGGCUUACGACUGCAUCCUAAACCCUGCGAGCGAGCGAAGCAUUACACACUGGCAAUGUCUUUACUGUGAAUAUGGAACGAAUUUGAUGGAUGCGCAACCCAGCGCAUGAACAUACGCAUUAAUGUUGAAGGGAGGGUACUAUACGGUUACGACUUACGACACGCUGCUUGGAAGCUGGUGGAGGCUUCAUCCGUGUAUUUGUGUUAUAGUUUGUUAUUUAGUUAGAGCGAAAUACCCACGGCGAGUCCUUGCGCCGGCCAUAUC